GAUAAAACAGUGAUUCAUUCGCCUAUGAUUAUUUGCUAACAAUUUUUAGAUCUCGACAUAUUUAAACGGCCUCUCCCCGCGUCUUCCGUAUUGUGCUCAACCUCCUAUGUCUCGAAUGUAUAGAGAAGCCUUUCCACCUCUGGGGUUUCAUUUACAAGAUUGAUCUUGCUCCCGCGAUACAUCUACAUGCCCCCUAGUCAUCACCUACUCACAAGGCAAGACACGACAACGUUGCGCUACGUUGGAACGUCAUGACCAAUCUUGGCUCCGGCAACGAUGUUGCCAAAAUCCAAUUCGGACAUGCUCUCAAGAAAGACUUCCUGUUCGACGAGAAAUAUAUCAAUCUCAACCAUGGGUCCUUCGGGACUCACCCACACCCGGUUCCCACCGCACUUCGAUCAUUUCAAGAAGCCGCCGAAGCCCGCCCGGACUCUUUCAUCCGCUAUGACGCAACACGUCUCGUCGACGAGUCCCGCUCCGCACUAGCUCCUCUCCUUAACGCGCCAGCUGAUACUCUCGUAUUCGUACCCAACUCCACCACAGGUGUCAACACAGUCUUACGCAACCUCGUGUAUGACGAAGGUGAUGUGAUCAUCUACUUCGCGACCAUCUAUGGCAGCUGUGAGAAGACUGUGCAGUAUGUCUGGGACACAACCUUGGCCGAGAGCAGAAAAAUUGACUAUGUGUAUCCGGUGGAGGAUGAGUGGUUAGUCGAGGAGUUUGAGAGAACGGUAGAGAGUGUGAAGGCUGAAGGAAAGACGCCGAAGCUUUGUAUCUUCGACACGGUAGUUAGUUUACCAGGAGUCAGGAUGCCGUUCGAACUGCUCGCGGCGAAGUGUCGCAAGCUUGGUGUUCUGAGCUGUAUUGAUGGUGCUCAUGGAGUUGGGCAUAUCGAGCUCGACAUGACCGCGUUAGACCCGGACUUCUUUGUGAGUAAUUGCCACAAGUGGCUCUACACCCCGCGAGGCUGCGCCGUCUUCUAUGUGCCCAUGCGUAAUCAACACCUCAUCCGUUCUACGCUACCAACAUCGCACGGGUAUAUCCCAAAGCCCAAAGCCGGCGCAUCUCCUAUCUCUAACCCCCUCCCGACAUCCACAAACACCCCGUUCGUAAAUGCCUUCAAUUUCGUCGGCACUAUCGACACAUCACCGUAUCUUUGUGUUCCAGCCGCUCUGACAUAUCGUCGAUCCCUCGGAGGGGAGUCUGCCAUCCGGAACUACUGUCAGACUCUGGCAUUAGAAGGCGGUAGACACGUAGCCCACGUCCUGGGCACGCACAUCCUCGACAACAGCACACAUUCCCUUUCCCGUUGCUGCAUGGUAAACAUCCUCCUGCCUCUAUCCCCCCAACAUAUCUUCUGCGCCGCUCGAGAGAAGGGAAAUGUUCAGAGUGAGGGCGAUAUUAUGGCUAUGACCCGGAAUUGGAUCGAGAAGGUGAUGAUGGCCGACUACGGGACGUUUAUGCCGGUGAUGCUGUAUGGGAACAAACUAUGGUGCAGACUGAGUGCGCAAGUGUAUCUGGAGAUGAAGGAUUUCGAAUUUGCGGCAGAGGUGUUGAGAAGUAUUUGUGACAGGACUGCGAAUGGUGAAUCUCUGCAAGAGUAACGGGCAAAAACUCUGAGGUAAUUCGGAAAGACUUGGAACAAGGGGCUGUAGAUGACUUAAAAUGAGGUUUGAAAUUUUUCGAGGCAUUGUUCAGGGAGGAAAGAUGUAGGUCGAAUGUGCAAGGAGAGUAUUCCAGGCCAAGACUACCCGCACUCGAGUUACCUUUCCCCUCGUUUGCAUACUCUGCCUGACCAAUAGCAAAGUCACAUCUUGCAUCUUUACUUCUUUGUUGAUAUCACACACAUAUCGUUCAUGUACGGGGUAGACAUCCUAUGAGUCAAUCCAAUUCAAUUGAAUUUUAAGUCUCGGUCGGAUUCGACUAAAACAUUACAAUACUAGGAC